AUGGCUUCGCUCAUGGCUUACGCUCCUCGUGGUUAUCACCGGCCCUCAAUCUUCAACAUAGUCAGACUGGCUCUGUACAUUUCGGUUCUUGUAUUCACGGUUAUCUGCUUGGGCAUCUCUGUACACUUCUUCCAACUGUUGCAGUCGUCGGAUCUUACUCGCUUUGUUCCCUUCGCGAUCUUUGUCUGUAGCGCUACAUUGGCCAUCUUCCUUGUCCUUCUCGGCUUCACUCUGCGCAAAGAGCUGAACCCCAUCUCGACAAGAAUCGAACUCGGUUGUCUCGCGCUCGCAGGCAUUUUCUGGUUGUCGCUUGGGGCAUUCAUGGCCACUUCCGACUCUCAGACGGCGGAAGUGGAAUGCUUUUCGGAUGAAUCGGACACAGAACCUAUUGAUUUGCCUGGCUUCUCGACGGAAACCUAUCACGCUCAAUACCGUGUCCUCGAGGCUUUUUCCAUAUUCAACGUGGUUAUCAUCCUCGGUUUCCUGUUAUUCCUCAUGGCACUUGCCGUUCGGCAUCAUCUCAACGGCAGCCGAGAAGUCUGGAUACGACCUGUCCCUGUAUACGGCUGGUUCACACCGACAACCAAGUCCUCCAAACUGCCCCAACCUGCGACAACUCCCCAGCGCUCGCGAUCGAGGACCAGACCCGGUCCUCGACCUUACCAGGGAGGUCCAUCUCGUCAGGACAGCGGGCGGAGUGGUCGCAGCAGCGAGAAGAAAUACAUUACUCCAAGCUCUUCGUUCCGCUCACAGGGCACCCUCGGUCUACCAGAAAUGGCGUACGCCUCUCGCUCCGCACCCGCCGUACCUUUAUACGACAAAUAUCGUCGGGAUGCCUCUCCGAAGAGGCCAACGCCGCGGGACAAGUACCGCAGGGAUGCGUCACCCCGGAGGUGA